GAUGCUGAGCUGCAUUCCCAUCUUUCUGUGAGGAGAGGAGGAUCCCCCUGCGCUGCCACCACAGAGGAGAAACCGAGCGAUAAGAACGUAUAAAAUAAUCCGAGUUGAGCUCUUUAUCUGCCACCAUGUCAGCUGGAGGAGAUUUGGGGAACCCCCUGAGGAAAUUUAAACUCGUGUUUUUGGGAGAGCAGAGCGUGGGGAAAACAUCUCUCAUCACUAGAUUCAUGUAUGACAGUUUCGACAACACGUAUCAGGCCACCAUUGGAAUAGACUUCCUAUCAAAGACCAUGUACCUGGAAGACCGAACAGUAAGGCUGCAGCUGUGGGAUACUGCUGGACAGGAGCGUUUCAGGAGUCUCAUCCCCAGCUACAUACGAGACUCUACGGUUGCUGUGGUCGUGUAUGACAUCACAAAUGUGAACUCAUUCCAGCAGACCUGCAAAUGGAUCGAUGAUGUCAGGACAGAGAGAGGAAGUGAUGUCAUCAUCAUGCUAGUUGGCAACAAAACAGAUCUGGAAGAGAAGAGGCAAAUCAUGAUCGAGGAAGGCGAGCAGAGAGCCAAAGAGCUGAACGUCAUGUUCAUCGAGACCAGUGCCAAGACGGGCUUCAAUGUCAAACAGUACCUAACAACAGACCCUAACUCUACUCUCUUCUCUUCCCUCCUUCUUUUCCUUCCUCUCCUCGUAGCUGUUUCGUCGGGUUGCUGCAGCCCUACCUGGAAUGGAAAGCUUGGACGAUGCAAACCCUGAAGGCAUGAUUGACAUCAAGUUGGACAAACCGGCAGAGCCCACUGUCCCCGAGGGAGGGUGCUCCUGUUAAUGCAGAGCUGGAACCGGACAGCUCCCUUCACACCAUAGGCUUGUUGUGUUGCUUACUACUGGUUAGCUUCCAGUUGACUUCUCUAAUUGGAUAUAAGAUGUGGCCUUGUAUCUGAUUGGACAAAUCAAAUGUUAUCUUUCAGUCUUGUUCAGUUGUAAAAUAUUGUAUACUUUGUCAAUAUGUAAGUGACUGGAGGAGAAAAGGGAAACAUAAAAAGAACAAAAAACAAAAGCUGAAAUGAAAAUGAAAAUGAACAAAAAAACAGUUUUGGAAAAACAAAAAAAGGAGAAAAACGAGACAACCAACGGAAUUCUUUUCGCUGUUAUGUUUUGUAUUUUUUAUAUAUAAAAAGGGAAAGCACCAAAAAUGAUGCCUAAACAUAGAAGGAGAAAUAGUGGUGGGGGUCGGCCAUUUUUGUAGAUGGCCGAACACGUCUGAAUGUCUGCAGCACGCAUGCACGCUGAUCUGAUCUUUGACCUUUGACCUUUUGCCUGCCCUUCAGGGUUUCCACACUCUGACUGGAGGUUGACUAUCUUAGAAUGUUUUAUAGCAUCUCUCUAUAGCAUCUCAUGACGAAGUGUAUCUCAUUUGAUAUUCCCACAAGAGUCCAGUAGGUUCACCUUACAGUAGCUGUGAAAAUGUGGCACUCUAUCUCUCUAUGGGUUUAACUUUUAUAGAACAAACUGUACUGUGGUUAAAAAAAAAGAAGACAACUUACUAUCACAACCCCCCCCUCCCUCCAACCACUCCUACCUAUUUCCUCUAAACUUCUCCUUCCAGUCUCCCCCAUCCCUCCAUCCCGGUAAUACACAUAUAACGAUCCACUGUAAUGCACUGCACUGUAUAUAAUAAUGUAAUAUGUAUGUUGUGAACGUCCCUCUGUAGAAGUGGUCUUUGUUCACCAGUAUGAAUAAUGUAAUAAUGUUUAAUGAUUAAUAAAUUACAGAUUAAAGGGCUUCACUCUCCUAACCAUCAACAUUCA